GCCAAUCAUGGAGCUGGAGCCACUAGAGGAUGACAACAUGAAUGGAGAGAAACUGAGCAGCAGGUCAGAAGUUAACACGGAGAUAAGAUAUGAAAUGGUGGGCGAGCCAAUCAUGGAGUUGGAGCCACUGGAGAACAAAGACACGGAGCAGACAGAAGAGGAAGGAGGGCCAGCAUUGGACAUCUUUGGGCAGCCGCGGAAAACUUCAGAGGAGUAUUUCCCAAAUGAAGAGGCUAGGAUGGGCUCUCCCAUGGUGGAUGGGUCCAACUAUUUGAUGAUGGAUGAAACAGCGAGUGAGUUUUUCCAAACAGACCAGAUAUCCCCAAUGGCAGCAGACAGUCCUGUGAUGAAUCAUGUAAGAGAGCCAAGGGCAUUGAGGAGGCAGGCUGUAAACAAUCCUGAAGAAAGAAGAUCAUCACCAAAACACAACAAGCAAGGGCAGAGCUGUUCCCCUGGUGUGAUGAUCGAGGGGAAGUGUUACCAGUUCUUCAAAGAGCCAAAGAAGGCUGCAGAUGCUGAGUUCUUCUGCCAGGAUCAUUUCUCUGGAGGUCACCUGGCCUCCAUCUCCAGCCCUCACGUCCACAGAGAGGUGAUGAACCUGAUCCGGCAGAACGGAGGUCUGACUCGCACCUGGGUCGGAGGGCUGAGAUAUUUGGAGACCGGUCGCUUCAUCUGGUUGGACGGCUCUCACUGGGGCUUUGCUGAUUGGCUGUCAGGGGAGCCCAACAACACGUCAGAUUUAGAGGACUGCGUGGAAUUGCUGCCACAGGGAAAUGGAAAGUUCAAUGACUUCACCUGCUGGGAACCUCAGGCUUUCGUCUGCUCCUAUUAAUGGAUAUACAGACACACCUCAUAUCUUAUCUAGUCCUUGGGCUGAUAUGAUGAAGAGUUUGCUACCUUUUCCUUGAGUUUAAAAUCAUAUCUUGGGAAUACAAUGGACUGAAUGAAAGAACCAUGAAAUCUAUUAUUGAAUAAAACUGGAAAAUCAGGACUUGUGAG